UCUACGAUUUAGGUCAUAUCAUUGAUCACAUCAAAAGAUUCCUCGUAAAAUGUGUCAUAUGACGUUUUUUAUAACCUGUGUGCCCGAGUUUUUGUUCAGGUCACAGACGAGCUAAUGCUUUGUGAAAGGAGAUUUCUGGUGCAGCUUGUUGGGGGUUCCGCGCAGUGUCAUUAUCGCCACAUCCCCGCUUGCGCGCAUUCAUUGAAAGAACGGAUUGCGAUGUCAAUCGUGGAUAGGAGGAAUGCGCUGAUCUCGGGAACUAUAGAGCAGACACGGGAGGACCUGAAUUAGUGGCAUCGAUGAGCCAAACUGAGGCAAGAAUCAUCAUAUUUUGGAAUAUCUAUUACUAAUGUUAACGCAAAUAUUAAUUUAAUAUUGCUUGUUUUGUUAUGAUAUGUUUUUGACUAUAUGAACGUAGCCUACUGUAGUUUUUUUAUUCGUGCUAAAUUUACCCGUCGGUAUCCCAUGCGCGCAAUGACAGGCAGCGGAUAGACGACGGAAUGAUGUAUCCGAAUUGUGUGUGAAAAGUUUAAUUUAGUCAGCAAAGAAUAACACCAUAUUCAAACCAUCCAGCCAACAUUAUCAGGAAUUGUUGGCUGUAUCACCGUUAUGCGCCUGCAAUAACCCUUUUUAUCCUAUUGUUUUAUUGUAUGGCUAGUCCUAUAAUAGCCCAUAUAUUAUUGUGUACCCUACACAUGUAUAGGGUAUUACUAUAUGGCAAAAGGUGUAGGACUACUUUAUUAUGCUGGUAUACUGCUGUGGGUGUGGUGUGGUGUCAACUCGGUUCCACUGGUCAGUGGGUCAAUAUAGAGCAGUGCAGAUACUCAAAUUGGACGGAGUCCUCUCAACGAUUCUGCAUGUUGAUAAAAACAACCUAUUUUCUACCCUGUUUUAUCAAUGCUUUAUCCUUGAUUCAUCAUGAUUUAACAUAAUAAAACGACUAAUUAAACGGUUAUUUUGCUAAUAGAUGCUUGAAGCUGGGUACUCUCCAAAACAAGGACCUCAUUAGUUACAGCCACUGUGCUUGAACAGAUAAAGUGCCCCUAGGGCUUGCAGGGGCGCAUUGAGAGCAACAGCUACAUCUAGACCCUAGGGACUUGAACAGACUUGUUCCUCUCCUGCGUGUUGUCAAGGAGACAGCUGGUUGAUCCAUGAUCACUGAUGGUUCAUAUUUACAUACCCCAUGUGGGGGGAAGGAGGGAUACACUAGCAGGGCUGAACUGGCCAUCUGUCAUUUUGGGAAAAUGCCAGAUGGGCUGGUUCAUUUUUAGCCCAGUCUAACUCAGGUUUUUUGUGCAAAAUUAUCAAUUUUUGGCUAUUAAUGUGGGCCUCAGAGAAAAUAUGGCCUGGUGUAGAGGCCUUGAGGAAAAAAUGGGCCGUGUGGGAGCCUCAAGGAAAAGAAGGGGCAGGUGUGUUAAAAAUGUCAGGGUUGAUUUCUGGUCCCAGUCUGCCCCUGUACACUAGCCUAUAUUGACAGUCCUUAGGGAUUUCUGGUCUCAGUCUGCCCCUGUACACUAGCCUACAGUAUAUUCACAGUCCUUAGUGAUUUCUGGUUCCAGUCCGCCCCUGUACACUAGCCUAUAUUCACAGUCUUUAAUUAUGUGGCUAAUAAUGGGGGCCUCAAGGAAAAAAUUGCCUGGUGUAGGGGCCUCGAGGAAAAAAUGGGCCGGUGUGGGAACCUCAAGGAAUAGAAGGGGCAGGUGUGUUAGAAAUGUCAGGGCUGAUUUCUGGUUCCAGUCCGCCCCUCUACACUAGCCUAUAUUCACAGUUACCCUCUACUCGCUUGUUCCUAACAGGAAAGGCUUCUGUGGUCAAAUGUAUGUGGCCUGUUUGAUUUCACUGUCAGUCAAUAUCGGGCCAAUAAAAGCUCUCCAUUCUCUGAGGCCUAUAGAGCCAUUGCACUUUUGUUGCCGUGGUCACUUUCUGCAUGCCACAGGCAGCCCAGGUCUCUCUACGACACGACUGUUAUUUUCAACCUCUGGUUUGCCCAGCAAUGAGUUACCACACGUCAAUCGAUAGGAAGACCAACUUCUGUGGUCCAACUGGUCUUACCUGCGUAGUUGUCUUUUUUUGUAAAUGGCAUUACAUUUUAAUGGAGACAACAGCCCUUUUAGUGAUGUGGCAUUUUGUAGAGAUGGUUGCAAGUGCUGGUGCUUGAGCACUCAUUCUGGUGUGUGUGUGUCAUCCCCACCCCAGAUGGAGAUGUCUGGGGGUCCGGUGGGGGUGACGCGGAGGACUGGGACAGUGAAGAGGACGAUGUGGGGGGGCCUGAGGCAGCAGUGGAAGCUACUGGGCCUGUUUGAGAUUGACCAGCAGCACGAGUUCUACAGCCUCACCUCUAUGAUGAAGGAAGGCCUCUCUGCAGCCGUGCAGACCACCAUCGACAACCCACCACCGGAUGAAUUGUCAGAAGAUGAUUACAGAUUGGAGCUCACUCAAAUACAUAAGGACUUUAAAAUGGAGACGUUUGCAGGGCCAGUGUUUGCCAGCUUGCGUCGCUCCCUGGGGAUGACAGAAAAGGAGUAUCAGCACUCUCUCUCCUCCGAUGGCUCAUACCUGCAGUUCAUCAGCAACUCCAAAAGCAAGGCUGACUUCUUUCUGACGAACGAUAAGUGUUUUUUCCUGAAGACCCAGAAUAAGAGAGAGGUGAAAUUCCUCUUGUCCAAUCUGAGAAUCUACAUGGAGCACUUAGAGAAGUAUCCCCAUUCACUGCUGGUCAAGUUCUUAGGUGUCCACAGGAUAAACAUUUCCCAUAGGAGGAAGAAGUACUUUAUUGUAAUGCAGAGUGUUUUUUAUCCUGACGAUCGAAUCAAUGCCAGGUAUGACAUCAAGGGUUGUGAGGUGAGCCGGUGGACAGACCCAGCCCCUGAGGGUAGCCAGGUUAUUGUUGUCCUCAAGGACUUGAACUUCAAGGGCCAGUAUAUCACUCUGGACCAGCAGCGGCCGUGGCUGCUCCGGCAGGUGGAGAUUGACACGUCGUUCUUGCAGAGACUCAACGUGCUGGACUACAGCCUCCUGGUGGGCCAUCAGCCCCUGCACCAAGACGAACGCCACCAGGGCCUCUCCUUUGCCACCCUUAUCAUGCGCACAAAAAAGUCAGUGAUCACUGGCUCAAGCCCCACCCAUGCGGACAUGCCCACUGUUCCAGGGGUGGUCCCAGAGGAAGACUCCACGCUGUUGGUGUCAGAGAUGGAUGGCGGGACAGGAAGUUGCAGCAUUGCCGAGUCACGGGGAGGAAGUGACCCGGGCAGUGCCCUUUCCGGGAGAACCUGUACUGAGCAGCCGGCCGGGUCGGUCACAGAUUCGAUGGUGCUCAGGGACUUCCAGGCCCAGAACCGCCGGCUGCUGCCCAACUUCAAGAACCCGCUACACGUCAUUGACGGACCGGAGCAUCGCUACUUUGUGGGCAUCAUUGACAUCUUCACUGUCUACAGCUUCAAGAAGAGGCUGGAGCAUUGGUGGAAGAGACUGCGGCACCCAGGGCAGGCCUUCUCCACCGUCAGCCCCACCUCUUACUGCCUUAGGCUCUGCCAGUGGGUACAGGACCACACCAAGUAGACUCAGAAAAAGGGGAAGACGAGGAUGGUUUGUUCCAGUUGCAGGCUGUCUGCCCAAGAGCAAACAUUUGUACACACACAGUAGCAGGCUGUCUGCCCAGGAACACCACAUUUGCAUGCACGCAACUUGGACACUGACCAGAGACAUGAAGCUAUGCUUUUAAAGCGCUGUAAUUUCAGAUUGAUCAAGGAGCAGUUACUUUCAUGUUUCCACAUCUCCCGACCAAAGCUAAAACAAAUAUAAACCAUUAUAUACAAAUAUAAUAUUCACCAUCGCGAAUUCAUGGGUUUCCUUUUCAUAUUCUUUGUUAAGUAAACAAAGAAAAAGGUGUGACAUUUAUAAUCAAGUGCUAUGAAUUAAUUAGCUGAUUUUCCAAAUUAUAAUCGUUUUUUAAUUGUUGAAGUUCAAUUAGUAAGUGAAUGCUGAACACCAAAAUAAUUGUACAAAUUUGCCACCUCAUAUGAAUUUUUUUAUUAUUACAAUUGAACUUUGAAGUGUUUAUACCUGUGCAAUUUUGUUGUAUUUUUAAAAGUUGUGUUUUCACUUUUCAACUGACCAAGUGAAUAUACUCCCGAUAUGACUGUGCAGUGUGUAUGUAUAUAUUAUUAUAAUUUUUUUCUAUUCUUUGUGCGGUCAUGGCAAGGUCAGUAUAAAGGGUUAACGUUUAAAAGUAAUGACAAACGGUAGUCAUAAAGGUUCUGUUCCCUACUCAGACAUUGCUGACGCAUGUCAGAUCUUACAAUGCCUGGAUAAGUAUUUUACAUAUCAGCUAACCACAUCAUAUGUCAUAGGAAUCUGGUGCCUGACUGCACAGUCUAUGACGUGGCACGCAACCAUUGGUUGAUGCAUGCAAUGUCUGAACAGGGGAACACAACCUUUAUAAGACUGCCUUGUUCUUAUGAUGACCAACACAUUUUUUAAAGGGAAAGUUCACUUCUGGAAAUUGUAUCUUAUUUUUUACUUACCUAGGUAAGAACCUGGACACCCUAGGUAACACCGUAGGGAAGUUGAAAAUACACAAAAAAUUGUGAACUAUCCCUUUAAUGCCAUGUUGCCUCAGAAGAGAUAUUACUCACACUGUCCAGAUUUUAUGGUGAAUUGUAGGCUAAAGACUUAGUCUUGCUGUUAGGAAAUAUAACACAAAUGUGCUUUAAACCUCUUGAGGUGCUCCAUUCUGUACCUCACCCUCGACUCCCUGUGUCAGUCAGGGAAAUAUGAGGAUUGUUUUUAGGGGGUUUUCACAACUCUGUCUGGGUCUGAAUGUUGUUUGAAAGUAAGGCACUGCAUUUACAGGAUUUAAGUUGUCUAGAAACAGAAAUCUAUUCUAUCCAUGAAUAUAAUUUACUUUACAUCCUAUUUGAAUGUAAGAUGUAGCAUAAAAAACAUACACACAAAGUUGGGGAAAUAAAAUACCCUGAUUUGAGGACUAAGUUAUGUGGUCAUUUUCACAACAUAUUCACUAAUGUAAGCUACUUCGUAACGGUGUGGAUGGCUAACUCUAACUCAACUUGUUGACCCCUGGUAAAGUCAUGUUUGUGCCUUCUGUCUAUAAUAGGCGUGUGCUGAAACCUUUGCUCAAUGCAUAAAGAACUUUGAGUUAA